CAUGAUUCGUGAUCCGAGGAUUCAAGGUAUGCCUUGCCCGUCGAAUGUAACGACGCAUGGUGAUGUCUGUCGCAAUUCCUAGGUUGAACUGCGAGAAUCGAUAGCGAGGCAGUUUUGUGCAACGCACGCAAGUAGCUUGGGCGAGCGAGCGAGAACUUCUGCUGAUUACUUACGCGCCACAAAGCAGCUGCCAAGGAUUGUGCGAUCUGACCUGGGUUUGCUUGCUGUUCAACCACUAGAACUCUUAGACAUCUCGAUCCAGGCUGCCAGCUAAUUCAGCCUAUCGACCUGAAGCCUGAAGCUCCCAUAUCUGCUUUAGGAACCGCUCAUCAACCCUACCGACUCGUCAUGUCGAAACCGAUCUCGACUGCAUCGACAUCGCUCGCCGGGGCCGCAUCAAAUACGAACAGGCCGUCCAGUUCGGCUCUGCCCUUGCCGUAUUCCCAAACGCCGAGUGUACCUGCUGCCAGGAAGGAGACCAGGGGUCCCAAUAGAACUUCAAAGACGGCCAACAAGCUCAAGGUCUUGCCCACCUCUUCGACGAAAGGAACAGGAGCAUCUCAGCAGCAGAAUUCGGACCAGUCAAAGACUGCUGUGAGGACGGAUGAGGAUGAGGACGACGAUGACGAUGACGAGGAUGACGAAGAUGUUAGCCCGGGUGAUGGAGUGCACUUUUACGACGCCCUAUCGCACAUCCCUGCUGGAUCCGCUAGGAGAGAUGCCAUGAGGCUCACCAAGACUGAGAAGGCCAGACUUCCGAGAGUCACCGCUUACUGCACUGCGGCUGGUUUCAACCUACCUGCCCUACAGACAUACUUCCUCUCCCGCUCGUCGGCUUAUAGGUGCAAUCCCCGGUUGUUUGAGGCCGAGUGCUUACAUACCCCCUACCUGCCCCCAGCCCCGAGUUCGUCGCAUCUAGAUGCUUCGCCAGUCCUCCGCCCGAAACGAAAUGACCGGGACGCUGUUCCCGAAGCGGACUUGUUGAACUUGGGAGAAAGCGCUUCGCAAAACCAGAAUUCAACUCACUUUGCUGUCGGCGAAGGGGAUCAUCACGCCGAGGGGAUCGACGAGAGCGAAGAAUUGUUAAAGACAAAACAGCACCAUCAGGAUGACGACCGACGUCGAAUGUCCUACUCAAAUAACCCCGACAACGCCUUCAAUACGUCGGAAAGGCUCAAGCGAGAGGCUCAAGAGCUGAACGAUCGGGAAGUGCACGAGAGGAGGAGACAACAUAUGGCGAAACGGGUCACGGGUUUCGCGACGAAACCUUCGGCUCUGAAUGCCGGUCCCCCAAGGAGGAAGAGGAAGAACAGUCGUGCGUCCGAACACGAAGCGAGCGAUCGAGAGGACGAAGAUGGAGAUGAGGAAUGGGUUCCGGACGUCUUCAUCUUUGAGUAUGGUACUGUCGUUAUUUGGGGAAUGACGGAGCGUGAGGAAAAGAGAGUAUUGGCAAAUCUUCGCAAGUUUGAGAUCGAAAAGCUCUCGGUCGAGGAUAUCGAGAUGGAGGACCUAAAUUUCUACUACGCAAAUUAUUCGCGGAUCUAUAACGACGUGAUUACCCUCAGGAAAGGCAGUUCGUUCAUGACGAAACUUUCCCUCUCUCACGCCUUGUCGCAAAGUGUCAAGAUCUCCCUAUUCGAGGAGUUGAUUACGGCAACUAUCGACCAAACCAAGGAUCUUCCCAAGAGUCUCAGUGAAAGCGGAAAGAUCGGGAUGCCUCGAAAAGAGAUUAUGAAGCAGAUCGGCAGCUUGUUCAUUCUGCGAAUCAAUUGGGGAGGCUCGAUCCUGGAAACUCCCGAAUUCUUCUGGUCGUACCCCGAUCUUGAACCCCUCUAUCAAGCUACGCGAAGUUAUUUCGAGAUUGGCACUCGUAUCGAUCUCCUGAACGCUCGUGUUGAGGUCUUGCAAGACAUGCUUACCUUGUUGAAAGAGAGUGUGAACAGCAGUCACGGCGAGCGCCUAGAAACCAUCGUCAUCUGGUUGAUCGGUGUCGAGAUUAUUCUCGGAAUCAUGACGAUUCUCGUCGACGUGAUUUCGGGUGCUUAGGAAUGUCGCAGAGUCUUCGUAUCAUUUUGCAGUCGCAUGUCAAACGUUGUGUCUAAUCUGUCGCCGGUUUCUCUAUACGAUACGUUAUCCCGUGAUGAUUGCCUUGGUCGAGUUCUUUCGAGCAGAUCCUUACGACGGAUUGCCCUACACUUGUAAGCUUGAGGUCACUGGUUAUGCUGAUCAAGUGUCCUGGC